AUGCAGCCGUCUAUCAGAACUGUUGGUGUGGUGGGCACCGGUGUUAUUGGUGCGAGCUGGACAGCGCUUUUCCUUGCGCGUGGACUAAAGGUCCUGGUCUCUGAUCCCGCUCCGGGCGCCAAAGAACGCCUUUUUGCAUAUCUCCAGGAAUCAUGGCCAAUGUUUGAAGGUCUGGGCCUGCACAGGGACGCGUCGAUUUCCAAUUGUACCUUUGUAGGCGAAAGCCUGGAAGAUCACUGUGGCGAAGUGGACUUUAUCCAAGAGAACGCGCCGGAACGACCAGACUUGAAGCGGAAGCUACUGGGACUGCUGGACGCAAAAACGAAGAAGCAUGUUGUCAUUGCCUCUUCGUCUUCGGGUAUUCCUUCUUCGCAGUUUAUUAGCGAAUGCAAGUAUCCUGAACGCGUUCUGAUCGGUCAUCCAUUUAAUCCACCACAUUUGAUGCCCCUUGUCGAAGUUGUUCCACAUACUGGGACAAACGCGUUGACGGUUGAUGUAGCCAUGUCGUUCUAUAAAACAAUGGGGAAAAGCCCCGUUUUAGUAAACCAGGAAUGUCCUGGAUUUGUGGCAAACCGUCUUCAAGCAGCUCUGGCCACCGAAGCUUAUAGUCUCGUUAAGAGGGGAAUCGUGUCCGCCGAAGCUUGUGACAUUUGUGUUACCACAGGCGUUGGGCUUCGAUGGGCUUUUACGGGUCCCUUCAUGACCAACGUGCUUGGUGGAGGCGGGGGGGAGAAUGGAUUCCGUCACCUUUUGGCUCAUUUGGGGCCUGCUAUUGAAGGAUGGGUUAAAGACAUGAAAGAUCAUGCAUUUGAGUUCAGCGAGGAAAAUAUUCAAAAACUGGAUAACAGCGUGCAUAAAAUGUUGGAGUCCACUGACGUUAAGGAAGUCGAGCAUCAGCGAGACAAAGCUCUUAUCGACCUUAUCAACCGCAAAAAAGACCUGGGGGCCCUAAAAUAA